UAAUAUUAUAUUAGAUAUAUAUAAAAGAUCACAUAUAAAAGAUGUAUAUUUGUAGUUUGUAAAAUAUAUUUUUGAAUGAGGUAUAUAUUUUAUAAUAUCGCUGGGUACAAGAAUUUUACAUAAUAGUGGGGAUAUGUUCAACAGAAGUAUCAUUCUUGGCUCAAGAUGAUAUUAAUCUCAGAGCUAUUUCCACGCGAGAUAUAUCCAGGUGAAGCACAGUGACUUUUAAAUUUAAUUAUUAGAUUCUUAUUAUUUAAUUAGAAAAAUACGAAAAAAUAUGACCACUAUUGACAAGGAAUAUAAAAUAAUACCACUUCAUAAAAGACCAGAUUUAAUUCCAGAUUGUUGUACAUUAUUGAAUUCUGAAUGGCCAAGAAGUGAAACUGCACGGUUAAAAUUUUUGAAUGUAUCAUGUGAUGAAUUUCCCACAUGUCUUAUAUUAGUUGACAAAGAAGAUAGAGUACUUGGUCAUUGUAAAAUAUCUUUGAUACCUAGAUUACGUCACAGUUGUUUUAUACAAUCAGUAAUAAUUGACUACCAGUGUAGAUCUCAAGGACUUGGAUCUAAAUUAUUACGUGGAGCUGAAGAACAUGUAGCAAAAAAAGGAAUUAAAAAUGUAUAUUUAAUAACUAAAGGUCAAGAAGUUUUUUACUUUAAAAAUGGUUAUAAAACCUGUGAUCCAUUUAAAGCAUCAGGAAUUAAUGAUGUUGUAUAUUCUAGUGCAGCAUUUACUAAAGCAAAACUUAAGGAGAAAAGUACACAGUGUUGUGGUCCACCACCACCUCCAAUGCCAAAUUUUCAAAUGCCAAAGUUUUAUGAUUUAGGUGUUAUAACACACAGAACACAUAUGGUAAAAAAAUUAUCAUUACAAUAGUAAAACAAUAAUGAACAAUUUUCUUUUUACAUAUAAGAUUUUUUACAUAUUCCAUAUAUAUAUUAUUUAUUUAUUUAUCUAGAAAAUUAUUUUUUUAAUUUUAAUUUUAAUUGCUUUUAAAUGUAGAAAUGUUUCUCAUGCAUACAUCUCAUUCAUAUAUUACAAAUCAUAAUUUACAAUCAUUCCAAUAGAUGUUUAAAAACAUAGAUAUUCUUUAAAAAAUUAACAAUUUCUUUUGUACAAAUUAAAAAUAAUAAAUUUUUAAAUUUAUUAUUUACUUUUUUAUAUCUUUAAAAAUAAACAAAAUUUUAUAAAAUACUCUUAAGUUUUUUACAUAUUACAAAAUAUAUUUUUUGUUAUAUUAUGCAAUGUUAGCAAUACCACAAAUUUUUUGAUAAUGUUCUGUUUGUUGAAGACUUUCAAUAAGAAAAGCACCUAAAUCAUGUUUGGAAAUAGCUCGACCUGGAGAUUCAUCAUGUUUCACUAUAUAUUUUGAAUUUGGUACAUCUGCAAAUUCAUAAAAUAUUAAUCUUUUUGAAUUGUAAAAAUAUAUAAAUAUACAUAUAUAUAUUAAUAA